UGUUUGGGCUGGCUGGCUGCCAACAGAGGUGUGCGUUUGUUAUUUAUUUUUGUUUUCGACAGAAAGAGACAACUCACAAUUGCGAAGAGAUAACCUUUUUGACAUUAACACACUCAGAAGAUUGGUGGAAAAUGUGAUGAGGUUGAGAUAUUUAAAGAUUGAGAUGAGGAGUGAGUGAGCGUUGCCGUUAUUUUAUUUUUUGUUUUGAUCAGAAGAUGGAUUGAAAUGUGUGAUAAAUAGGUAUUCCAGAGAUGAUUGUACAUACCUAAAUGAAGAUCCGAGUUGAAAUGGAAAAAAGCAAGAGAAAACAGGGAUUAUUAUUGGAACAGUAGUUUGGUUAUGAUUCUGCAAACACCUUUGUCAUAACCACAAGAAAGGACAGCUUUUACAACCAUGUCUGAGGCACAAACUGCAGGGGAUGCUGUGCAGGCCAACAGUUCACCUUCACCACUCCAGGAUGGCCUGAGCACUGAGUCCACGCCUGAGUCAGCAGUGCAGUCUUCUGGAGAUGCACCCACACAGUCUGCUGAAAAAGACACAAAGCCUGUGGCAUCUGAAGUGGAGCCAGUGCCUGUAUCACUGGCUAGUCACAUGGCAGGAGAUAAGGCAGAGCCUGCUCAGCUGCAAGAAAAGCCUGAUCUGCCUUCUGGUGGUUCUUCUGAGCCCCAGCCGAAUUCAGACAGCUCAACAGCCAAUGGUUCAGUGGAUUCUCCCUGCAAGGCCACUCAAGAUAAGCCAUCUUCUGAGCCCACAGAAUCCCCAACCCCUGCUGAGCUUUCAUCUGUGCCUUCAGAGAAGUCUGAUUCCUCGCACUCUGCCGAUGCUGCGUCUCCUCCAGCUGCCGUAGCCCCGCCUGCUGAAGCCCCUGCUGAAGCUCCUGGUGAAGCUCCUGCCGAACCUCCGGCCGCGCCCCCUGCGGAACCCCCCGCGGCACCUCCGGCCGAUUCCGGCCAGGACGACUCCGGCUGUGACACAGAGCCGGAGCCGGAGCGGCAGUCGUCGGCGCCGGCGUCGAUGGCCGAGCGGCGCGGCCCCGAGAUGGCCGACGUCGAGAAGCUGGCGCGCUCGGUGGUCUCGGACACGCUGGAGAAGGCCAAGCAGGAGGCCAGCCUGCAGCGCUCGCUGGAUAACCGGCGCCAGGACCCGGACACCGACGACGACGGCUGGCUCGAUAUCGUCGGCAACGGACAGCUAAAAAAGAAGGUGCUGACGGCCGGCCGCGGUGACCGCUCCGACCGACCGCAGCGCAGUCAGCUGGCCUCCGUGCACCUCUCUGCCCACUUUGAGGACGGACGGCCGGUGAGCGGUCUGCCCGAGCGGCUGACAUUCGGCCUGGGAGACGGAGAGGUGAUCACCGGUCUGGACAUGGCCGUGGGCCUGAUGCAGCCCGGAGAGACGGCCGAGGUCUACAUGGACGCCAGGUUCGCGUAUGGCGAGAAGGGUCUGGACGACGCUGUGCCUCCCAACACGAACCUGAUCUUCACUGUACAGCUGGAGAGCGUCCAGCCGGAGCCAAAGUAUGAGGAGAUGAGCGCCGAGCAGCGCCUCGAGAUCGGGAGUCAGAAGCGAGACCGCGGCAACUGGUGGUUCAAGCGCGAGGACUUCAACCACGCCAUCCAGUGCUACCGACGGGCGCUGGACUUUUUCGACAACGAAUCUGAUGAGUUCACGGGUCUGCCCGACGACGUGCACCUGCUCUUCGAGGAGCGGCUCAAGGUGCACAACAACAUGGCAGCCGCCCAGAUGAAGCUCGAGGCAUACGACGCGGCUCUGCGCUCCCUCCAGCUGGUGCUAACCUGCCAGCCCAACAACGUCAAGGCGCUGUUCAGGAAGGGCAAGGUGCUGAUGGCACAGAACCAGGUGGCGGACGCGGCCGAGACGCUGCGAGAGGCGCUCAAACACAGUCCUGACAACCGCACCGUUCAGGCCGAGCUCAACCGCGUGCUGGGAGUUCAGCGAAAACAGGCCGAGGAGCAGAAGAGCAUGUACCGCAAGAUGCUGGGCCUGCCACCGGCCGAGGAGCGUCCGGCGUCGGCGCAGGCCACAAAGAAGGUAGCCUCCUUAUCCUGGCUUCCGUCCAAGUCGUUCCCGGUGAAGCUGCUCGUGGCCGGCGUGGCGUGUGCGCUGGCUGCCAUCGCCGUCCACCGUCUGAAGCUGUUCUAGCGGCGCUGUCGGUCGGUAGCGCUCGGCGCGGCCGCUCCUCCCUCCCAGCUGCGCCCUCCAGUGCCCUCCCAGGCGGCCACCCCGUGCCCAACCGUCCCGCUCAGAUACCCCUCUAUGGCAGAGAUUCUGUGCUCACAAGCGUCGGCGCUCAAGUGGCUCGCUCACAGCGCUAAAUAGUGAUAUGGAGUGAGGCCGGUCAGUGGUCCACUCAGCGUAUACCGGUGGCGGCGUCUGUGUAUCUGCGAGUGUGGAGUGAACUGAACAGAGUGAACUCAGCAACGGUGGGUGGGAACGGUGACCAGCGCCCAGUUUAAACGGUACUCCAGAGUAUGAUUAUAUGAUUAUUGGAUGAAUGUGUGAACACUGCGGGCAUAGCCCGAUAUCGUGCCGAGUAAGGAGUGAGCCCAGAGCUGGACUUUUGCCCCCAGAACUGGGAGCGAGAGAGAUUAUAACCGUGUCGGAGCUCCGAUGUCCGCGAAGAGGCGGACCGGGGACGGUCGGCCACAUCGCUAACACAGAGAGAAACGGAAGGGAAUCGUGGACCAAUUGUUGCUGAUUGCUGUUGUAUUGUGUUGCACUGCACCGAGCCCAGUUGGCACUUGCGAGCAGAUGCCGAAUAAAUUUAUCUAGUCCA